AUGAACGGGAAAUUUCUACUUGAAAUUCGGCAGAACAUAGUCCAGAACCUCGAGCAGUGGUUCCACUCAUUCGCUGGGCUCGUGGGUCCGAACUUUUGCAUGAUUGCCGACCCAGAAUGCGAGCUGUCUCCAGCGUCAGAGAUACCCAAAGUUGCAUACUAUGGCCUACACAUGUAUCAUUGCAUGUUCGUGCUUCUACACGGGCCGAUGGACGUAGUCCGGAUGCACCAGGAUCAUGCGUGGCAAGCCUCUUCUGAUUUCCUCAUAGUGGGCGAGCACGCUGUAGUGUGUGCAAAUGUCGCCCGUCACAUUCUUCGAGUCGACCCCCAACUGCGCCUAAUGUACAGGUUUUUUGGCACCUACUUCUUACAGUCAUCUUUCAUCUUUCUCAUUCUAGCGCAAAAGCUGGGUCGGCAGUCGGACGACUUGAUCCUGCGCAACUGUGCGAUCAACCUGCAGGUCCUGGAUAUGUUCGUGGCCACUACAAACAUGGACUAUCAGCGUAUUUUUGCGAAAUUUCUUCGUCGAGCCUUGUCCUAUAAUAUGGCACAUUCUUCAUCUGCGGAUGUAUCAGAGGAUAACCAGCCCCUGGCUGAGGUCUUGGACCCAGAGAUGCUUGCAUAUCGCUGGAUUCCCGGCUACAGAGGAUUGCAGAUCAACCCAACGGCUUCAGAAUAA